AUGUUUCCCCAGAAAGUCUACUCCAGCCUGGGGAAACGUCCCCGCAGCCCUCAGAGCCGGCCCUGCACCUGCUGGCUGGUGCGUCACCUCCCUAGCUCCCACUCCUACUCUUGGGGCCCACCCUCACCAUCCCUCCGCCCAGCCCAGCAACCGGCACAGGGUGUGUCCCGACAGAGCGGGAUAGAACGGAAUCCAAGCCUCGGCCAAGGCAAGACACAGGAAAGGCUGGAUAAACUGAGGAAGGGCAGUUGGGCCCCAGCCAGCCCCACCGCUGGCCCCCAGCCUGGCAGGAGCGUGGAGAUGUGGGAAUUUGGAAGGGGAGGAGCCGCUUGCACAAGCCAAGCCGGGAUUGCAAAUGUUGAGGACCCACACCUGCAGACCACAAGCACUCUGUCCUGUCCAAGGCAACCUGGGCAAAACCGGUCCUCUCACUGUUGGGGGUGGGAGCGAGGGAGGGAACAGGGUAAGGGGGUACAGGAGGGCAGAGCGCCUCCUGCAGGCUCUCAGUGA